AGGAUUUGUCCCCCAUCUUGGUGAUCCAGCAGCACCUCCAGGGCAGAGCUGAGCUGGUGGCGGACAGGGCCAAACAGCUCCGCUUCCUCCACGCUGUGCCUCGUCUCUGGUUCUCGGCACAGAAGCAGGGGCGGGACACCCUGGAGCCCCCGGUCUCCAAAGCGGCCCUCAUGGAGAGCAUUGCAGAGCUGAUUGAAAAUCUCCCUGGUCCAUCAGAGCCAAGCUCCAUCAUGCCCAGCUCCAUGGCCGCAGUUUGCAGCCUCAGCAAACUGAAGCCACUGCUCGCCCUGGAGCUAGAAUCUCGCCUCCUGCAGGCUCUUCUGAACAGGAUGUACACCCUGGGCACUGGGCAGGACACCAUACACUUCCGGACUCUGUACAUCAACUAUUCGCAGAGCCUGGACAUCCUGCUCAGGGGCCUUCUGACAGAGACCCCCACCGUGGAGAAGCUGCAGCACCUCCUGGAGCACGUCCAUCCCUCUCUCCUGUCAAACAACACCCAGGAGAGAGCCAGGGCCGUACAGACCAGCGCGGCCCUGCUCCAGUUUGCCACCUCUCUGCCUGGAUUUGACACCUCCUCCGCCUUCUCCAAGGCAGGUGAAUUCGUGCUGCAGCUGGGUCUCUGUGUAUCCCACCCAGCCAGUGACAUCAGUCGGCAUGCCAGGGGUGGGAUAUAUUGGCUUUACUGGCUCCUGCUUCAGAAGAGGGGGCUCAACACCAGAGAGGCCCCAGAGGUGCCAGGACGGGCUCCAUGACCCCGAGUGCCUGGGGUAUAGAAAUCUGGCCAGGGUGGGAGAGGUCUUUGGUGAGCUCUUCACGGAGGAGCAGAGAAGAUGUUUCCUUGAGGCGGGGCUGCUGGCCAUCCAUGACCCCCUACUCCGCAUCAGCCAGGCUGGCCUGGUGCUGACCUAUUCCAUCUUGGGGGAAGCCGGCCAGCUGCUAGAGGACGAGAUAACCAAAGAGGCGUCAACUGGGGAGGGAACCCCAGGGCCUUUCACCUCCAGGCCAUUGAAAAUCACUCCCAUCCCAUCCCCAUGCGCUGACCAGGGAGCAAGGAGAGGGUGACCCCAGACAGGUGCCAUUGGUCGGUGCCAGCUUGUCCCCUGAGCAGCUCAAAGCAGGGCAGACCCAGCAAGGCUAUUUCCUAACAGGCGUCACAUCAACACGACACACUGCCAUUGCUCAUGCUAGGGGCUGCCAACUCCCCUAGCCACCUCUGUGAGCCUUUCAUCCCCCUCGGGGCCUCAGGCCGGUUCCUAGAGCUCUGGUAUCAUGUUAUCCCAGCCCCCACCUGCUCUGGGAGAACUGGAGGAGUCAGUCAGCAGAGGCUGCUUAAGUGCCCCAUUCACCAGAGCCACUGCCCAUGGUGUCACAUUAAGGACAUGGGGAUCCCUUGGGGAAAGGUGUCCACUUCCUCUCACCCCCCGGCACUACUGCCCAAAGCCUCCCAGCCCCUCAGCUGGAGGGGGCGAGGGUGGCUGAGGGGACUCAGGGGAGCGGAGCUGGAUUCCCACUGGGUUGAGAGGUAGAACAGCUCUCAGGGGGGGACUGAGAGGAGUGAGGGCAGGAGUUCAUUCCACAAUGGUGGGAGAGGGGAUGGAAGUCACUAGAGAAGAGAGAAGAUUUCGUCUCGGGGGUUGGGUGGGGGAAUCCGUCCCUCAGACGUGGGGAGGAAAUGUUGCUGGCUCCCGGUGCCGUUAAUACCCUUCAUUCUCGUGGGUGUCGGAGUCUCUGAUUGAUCCUUGUUCCCUUGCAACAGGGGGACAUCACAGCCAACAUCAUGGUCCAGCUGUUUAAUAUCAGGGUCUUGGGCCAGGUGCCCGAUGCCCUGCAGGGGCUGUGCUCUGUGGGGCAGCCUUGAAGACCCCCCCCCCCCAGCAUGACCAGCUCCCACCCCCUGCCGCAGGAUUCCAGCCGGCUGUUCCAAUCCAGGAGGAAAACUGUGCCACCGAAAUCUCCCAGCACCUGUGCAGUGAAGUGCCACUUAAACCUGAUGUGAUGCACAGACCUUGCCCUGGCUGUCUGCACAGGGCUGAAUUUCACCCCGUCAGAGUGUAUUCUAAGGCCCCCCCGUGCAUCAUAUGGGCAUUCUUGGGGGUGCAGAUGGCAUCAGACCUGCACCUGAAUAAAUAAUAGGGAAUGAAAUAUGCAGACACUAAAGUUCUGCAGCCAAAUUCUCAGAAACCUUCCUCUUCCAUGUAGGAUCAGGAUUUUGGUUUGAAUUGAUUUUUU